CGAGACAGUUUUAUCUUCUUUUGACGGCUAUUAUUCAGUGUUCCAUAAUCAGUCGCUGGGAGAGGUUCUCGGCUCAGAAUUGUAUCAUGACAUCGAAUAAAUCAAUCGAGUAUUCGCCUUGGUUGAUUCCAGACUUGAUUCAAAAUAUUUUAAGACAAUCGGAAAAUGACGAGAGGAUAAAAGUGCGCAGUGUUACGUCAAAACCUGCAACAGCAGAUGGCGAUAACUACAUGAGUGAUAUUUCGCGUGUUAGCAUUGAAUUUACACGAAGUCGAACAGACGAUGGAGCGACGGAGAUGAAAACUUUAAUUUUUAAAGUUUCUCUUAAGAAGGACAGGGCUGCUUGCGAUUUGGCUAAAAAGUUCGAAUCGUUCGAGACCGAAAUUCAAAUGAUGCAGAACACCAUGGCAAAAAUGAACGAAAUUUUAAACGAGAAUGAUUAUCGUUUGAAUGCUCGAGUUUUUCAUGCACGAUUGGAAGAACCUUCCUUCUUGGUACUAGAAGAUUUGGUAGCGCGAGGAUUUCACUUGGCUGAUAAACAAACUGGUCUCGAUCUAGAUCACUGUAUGCUACUCAUGAGAGGAUUGGCCAAAUUCCAUGCUAGCUCUAUAGCGGUUUAUGAAAAGGAUCCCAGUUGCAUAAAACGUCAUCGAAAGGGCAUGUAUAACAAGGAAUGUCCCGAAGAAAUGCAAUCGAUUUUCAAAGAGGCGUUCAAAGCACUGAGCGUUGAGGUGAAAAACUGGCCAGAACUCGAUCCUAUGUACGGUUAUUCACAAAAGUUAUUGCAAUUAUCGGAAGUUUGCAUCGACAAAGGUGUGAAAUGCUCGGAGUGCAGGGAAAACGAAUUCAAUGUCCUCAAUCACGGAGAUGCGUGGAUUAACAAUUUGAUGUUCCGAUAUGACGACGAAGGAAAAGUCGAUAAUCAAAUAUUUCUGGAUUUCCAAAUAUGCAGCUGGACCUGUCCGGCCUUCGAUUUGGUAAUUAGUCUCAGUUCGGUCCCUAACGACGAUGUUUAUAUUCAUCAUUUCGACUUACUUGUCGCCGAGUAUUCAAAGACGCUUACCAACACCAUGUUGAGAAUAAAUUGCGAGACAAAACCACCAACUUUGAGCUCAAUUCGACAAUGGAUGAAGGAACGAGAAUUUUUGGCGGUCCUGGAUUCAGUUGUUUGGAAACCUUUCACGUUCGUUGACAAAUCAGAAGUUGUAGAUAUGUCCGAUCUCGUUACAUCGGAGGGCACAACGAGCAGUCCCGGAAUUAAGGAUGAACGUUAUCGACAGAUAAUAACUAGACGACUGAAAGACUGGAAUUCUCGGGGAUUACUCGACAUUUAAUAAAUUUUGUAAUAAUAAAAAAAAGCAUCCUUAUUAUUGUUGAAACGUUUGGAUACGAGAAAAUAAUACCACUUCGAGUAACGAGUGGAAAACCAACUAUAUUCAAGGCAUCUCUCAUCAAGCAGUUACUGUGCAAACAGCAUGCACUGACUUGCCUCUGAAAAAUGUUGAUUCUUAUUAUCAUACACGUUUUACAAAACUUAUAUACCUUUUGUCUGGAAUACAAGUAAUCUUUCAAAAAUAUAUGUCAAUUUAUUGUAAAAUUUGUUUUAUUAUACUAACAUAAAUGGAGAUGUAACUAUAGUUUUCGGAAACAUUUCGUAUAUGGUCGAGCAUUUUUUGUUUUAGAACUCGGUAAAACGUCGAAUUUCGUACGAAAUUUCUAUAAAAAAUUCUCGUCUUUAUUCGAUAUCAUGACGAGGUUUUUUUCGUGGUUCAAACUUGUCAAAAAAUUUGCACACGAUUGGUCCACAUGCACACACAAACACACACGUAUAAGGACACGUAGCUAAUAUCGGAACAUUAUUCAUAUUUACGUUUAUCGUAUGGGUUGUUCCCAUUGAACGUGAAAUAUAUAUUUUCAAGAAUAUCUCAAUAAACCCAUAGCAAUAAAAUUUAUGAAUAACCAUAAAAUCAAUUGUUUAAUCAAUAUGAA